UGUUUGGCACAUGCCUCGUGAGGUUUGAUAAGGAGAAUAUUUUGACAACGAUGCGUUACAGGUCGAUCGAAAAGAUAUUUGCCUUCAUUGUGCUGCUUUCGAGUGGCGUGUACAUUUACAAUGUCAGGGUGUUCAGCAGACGCUGCGAUGCAGGAAUUCUCAGGUGCAAUUUCGCGCUGUGGCUGAAGGAGAAGACUCUCUUCUACGAACGGAUCCAGCGAAGCCACGCGGACGCGAUGUCGCUCGACGCCACCGUGGCGACGGCGGCGGCGACGACGGCGGCAGCGACGACGAGGGCGGCGGGGACGGCGAGGGCUGGCGGCUCCCUGCCCUGGGAUCCCGACCUCAGGGAGGACGAGAUGCUGGCGGCGAAGGAGUGGCUGCUGGCGAAGAAAAAGUACAACAUCAGCUUGGACAAGGAUGAUGAUUACUUUCGCGAGAGCAACACGCUGGCGGACAACUGCUCCGCGAGUCUGCGCAGGGUGGUGGGCAGGAAGCCACUCCUGCAAGGUAUGUUUGACUUCAACAUACCGGUCCUGCUGCGCAAGGGACACUUCAGCCCAGAGGAGUUUGAUCGCCUUUCAAAGUACCGCACUCCGUACGGCUGGAAGGGAAUGAACAGGACUGAUGUUGAAGACGCCGUGGACGUGCUGAGCCACCCGGAGUGCCGGGAGAUGUUUCCCCACCGUCUGCCUGAUGGCGGCGGCGGAGGACGCGACGCCGAGAAGUGCGUCCGCUGCGCCGUUGUCGGGAACGGAGGGAUCCUCAAUGGGUCCAUGAUGGGAGAGGAAAUCGAUUCCCACGACUACGUGUUCAGGGUAAACGGGGCGAUCACGGCGGGCUUCGAGCGAGAUGUUGGCAAUCGGACAUCCUUCUACUUUUUUUCAACCAAUACCAUGAAGAAUUCCAUGAGAGCAUACAGAAAAUUUGGGUUCAUGCACCCUCCCUGGUCUAAGGAAACUCGAUACGUAUUCGUUCCUUGCGGCCACCAGGACUACUACAUGGUGACCGCUGCCUCCCGACGUGCCGUGGUCAAUAAAGGGCCGGAUAAAAAGGACAAACCCUGGAAUUAUUUUGGAAAUGAAGAUGUCGACAGGAAAUUCAAAAUGCUGCAUCCGGAUUUCUUGCGAUACCUGAAAAAUAAUUUUUUGCCUUCGACACGUCUUCAAACGAAGUUUAAAGACCUCUAUAGGCCAAGCACAGGCGCCAUAGCCCUGCUCACAGCUCUGCACACCUGUGACCAGGUUUCCGCCUAUGGGUUCAUAACCAGCACCUACAAGCACUUCCCCGACCAUUACUAUGACCAAAAGCAGAAGCUCGUUUUCUAUGCCAACCAUGACCUCAACUUUGAGAGGAUGCUUUGGAAGAUGCUCCGGAAAUCACAAGUCAUGACCCUUUUUCAAGGAAAACCUCCAAAGAAAUUAUAGUAGAUUUUUUUUAAUUCUAGAUUUGAAGCUUUCGUGACUGCAAUGAUUCAUACUCUUUGUUUUUUUUCGGUAAAGUCACGUAGGUAAAAAAAUAAAUAAAAUGUUUUUUGUUUUCAUUUAUUUUAUUUUUACCUAGAUUUUUUAAGACGUAGUUUUAUGGUGUAAUGGCUAUAUUGAAUUCAUAUUUUUAUUGUCGUAGUCCAAUAAAUAUUGUGGCAAAACGAUCACGAUAUUGGAGUGACCUUCCUGCUUUAAUUUCGCUGGGCCUUCGUGCUCGGCCUGUGCGUGUUUGGUAUGAAAUGUACUUUGAGUUAUUCGAAACACGACCUCAUCAGCCCAGGUGAUGAGGUUGUGUGUGGCGAUUGUUGGUUACACAACACACCACUUUCAUCAGAUCGCGUGGUCGGUAAAUACUCAGGUGACAGGGAAAGGGCGAUCGUGUCAUCCACAUGGAUGAUACGGACUUCAGAGUAGAUGAUGCGACAAAUGUCAAUAGGAUUAUAGAAUGAUUGAGUUGUGAUUAUUUUACAUGUACCAUCAGCUUUGCCGAAGGUUGUUUUGCAAUUGUGACUAAUCGUGGUUGCCUCUUGAGGUCUCGCCUCGUUAAACAAAAACUCUUCGCAACAGGACUCUCUCACACACACAGCCAAACCACAUAACCACAGGCACACGUCCCGUGCACAGACAGGCCUGCUGUUCAGGCACGUGUUGUGGCAAGCACAUAAUAAGAAUUGAAUGCCCAGUAGCCUCUGUGGAAAUGCACGUUUGCACAUUUUAAGAUCUUACGAUGGUGCAAAAUAAUACGACAGGUGAAACUUGAAUUCGCUUGCGACGCAAAUCGUUGCCCCGCGGGUUGCACGAGGCGCCGUCUCUGUCGCCAGCUCCCUGUUGUGCAUUUCUCUGUCUCAAAUAGAGAUUCAGUUCGUUUCUACUCUUGAACUUAUACAUGUUUCACAGAUAUACAGUGCAGUUCUGUGUUCCAAAAAAAUCCGAGUGUAAUGCUUUCAGUUUGAUUGACCAAUUUGCUGACAAAUUGUUGGCACAUAUUUAAUAUACAUAUUAAAACAAUAUUCGCAUUAAUCUAGAUUCCUUAACACGAUUGUGUUUGUUUUCGCUUCAGCAGUCACAUUUUUAUCAAUAAUUCAUGACAACAGAGGAAGUAAAAACCUGCUUGAAUGUUGUCAUAGCAAAUCUCUGACUAC